AUGGCAAUUACAUCCGAAAUAACCCCAAGCUCUAUCGAAGCAAUCGCAAGUUCCUUUGCAGCUGUUUUUCUAGCUGAAAUCGGAGACCGUACCUUCUUUAUUAUUGCAAUUCUCGCAAUGAAAAACUCAAGGUCAGCUGUAUUUUUUGGCAACCAGCUCACAGAGAGCGUGAUUGCUAUAAUUGCAGCCUUUAUCGGAGCAGCCGCCGUCAAGCUUAUCGACCCUCUUUACAUCCAAAUUGCCUCCUGCGUGAUGUUCCUGGUCUAUGCUAUUUUGUCUUUUUAUGAGGCUUAUCAUGGAGAAAGUGAAAUGGUCGACGAAAAAAACGACCCAUUAUUGGCAGACAGUGAACAACGAAUGUCCUGGAUGAAGGUCUUUUGGAAGACAGCGGUUAUGGUAUUUUUUGCAGAGUGGGGAGAUAAGUCAAAUACAACGAUUAUUUCGCUGUCAGCACUAAGUGACCCUGUAUUGGUAAUGAUUGGGGCAAUUAUAGGAUUCGCCUGUAUAGGACUGAUAGGAGUUUUGGUAGGGAAGUUGAUCGAAAAGUACAUUUCAGAAAAGACUGUGAAAAUUGCAGCUGGAGUUCUGUUUCUUGUGUUUGCAGCGCUUGCACUUCUCAUGAUUUUUUAUGAUUAUGAGUUGUAA